AGGGGACCGCCUGCGGUGGUAACGCCACUGACAAUUGACACUGUGGUGAAAAUAUAGUGCACAAGUGGUAAAACAAAUCGUGGUCAUAUUUAAGCAUUGCCUCGGGUAUAAAAUGCACAUCGGACAGUUUAUGUGUAACACAAGCCGCCAGUGUUGUGUUCACUGUUCCCGGGACACGGACCAGUUGAACCUGUUCCUGCUCUUGAUCUCGCUCUCCGCCGGGCCUGGGGAGUCGUCGGCACUGAGGUUGCGCCGUCGGGAAGCAACUACUUUCCUCAACAUUUUCGGGUCCUGAGGCUUGGUUGCGAUGAAAACACACUCGUGGAGGUAGCUGUUGCUAUCCUGCACCCCGCCUGUGCCGCCCGUGUUCGGGAUUGAAUACGCCGGUAGAGCUCCGCAAGAAAGGAACCACCGGAGAGUUGGUGUUUAAACGUAUCUCUUCUUUUCUUUUCUUUUUUUUCUUCCCCGGCACCGCGGAGACCUUCUCCCACCGUGGUCCGGAACACAACAGGCCGUCUUCGGGGAAACAACGACCCGCCGGAGAAGCCAAAACAAGGACUCGCUGUGUUUUUUUUAAGGGCCGCUUUAUUUAUUUAAAUUUUUUUUUUUUUUUAAUUAAAUUUCCCAAUUACGGUGUCACAACGACGACAAGACGAGCAGAGCCCCUCCGUCUCGCUUCUCCCCCUCGGCCAUGCGAGGAGCCCGGGUGUCCGCGGAAGAAUGCGCCGCCGUCUCCCGGCGUUAGCUCCGCCGCGGCUCCAUGGCCAACAGUAACAACAUGCUCCUGGCCUCCGCCGUGGUGGUGUGGGAAUGGCUCAACGAGCACGGCCGGUGGCGGCCCUACGGCCCCGCCGUCUCCCACCAGAUAGAGGCGGCCGUACGGAGCGGCGACCCCCGCGGAGGGAGCGUGGUCCUCGGCCAGGUGGACAGCCGACUCUCGCCGUACAUCAUAGACCUCCAGUCCAUGCACCAGUUCCGACAGGACACCGGAACCAUCCGCCCGGUGCGAAGAAGCUUUUAUGACCCCGCCUCGGCCCCAGGUCAGGGCUGGCAGUGGGAGUGGGAAAACGAUGCAGGCACAUGGACGCCCUACGACAUGGAGGUGGCCAUUGCCGUCGAGAGUGCCCACAGCCGCCAGCAGCCCUGCCUCGACCUGACGCCGAUCGGCUUCUGUUACCUCAUUGAUUAUCAGAACAUGACGCAGGUGAACAGACAGAGUCAGAGGUGUCGGAGGAUCCAGAGACGUGCUGACAUUACAUACCCUUUAGUGUCUGGUCCUCUCCCCGUACCCAAAGGUGGAGGUGUUGGAGCAGGCGGAGGACUAACAGGAGCCUUGCUGGGUGUAGGAGUGUCAGGGGCCAGCAUGGGGAUUGUAAGCUCUGCCUACCCUAACGGAGGCUUACCGGCUACAGGAGUGGGCCAGCCUUGUUCCUGCCAGCAGUGCUUGUUGGUCCUCAGUGUGAAAUCCAACACAGGGGGCGGAGGGAUUCAGACUCUAGGUAGACGCUCACUAACGAUGCAGCGGCCCAAGAACUCCGCACCGAUCUCCUCCAAAGCCAUGAGUCCAUCUAAAUCAGCCACUCUGGGACGAGGACUGCAGCAAAACUCCAACUCCAACUCCAACUACUAUCAGACGUUGCCGCACGGCCUCGCCAUCUCCAAAAACAUUGCCUCCCCGAGAAGGAACGCCCAGCUUUUCGCGCAGUCACUGGCCGCGCUUGCGGCCGGCACGUCCUCUCUGGGCAUCUCCUCGUCUUCCAACAGGCCGCCUCCGCCAUCCCUCCCACCUCCUCAGCCUCCGUCGUCCAACGCCAGUCUGAACCCUCCGUCCGUUCCGGCCAAGCACUCCUCAUCCUCAGCCAACGAAUCAGUGCCAACUGCCACAUUAGUAACUCCCGCCCGCGGCGUCACCACGCCCCCUUCACCCGUACCAUCUCCCACCCCAGCGGUGAUGAAGCCGCAGCGCAUGCCCUCAUCCGCGGCAACAAUGUGCCAUGCCCCAUUGCCACAGAGGUCCAGCCUAGCCGGACUGAGCAGACCAGCGUUACAGAGGAUUGCUAUGGCCCAGUCCAGAGCGCUCAUAGCGUCAGGUGUUCCCACCGUCCCAGUGAAGAACCUCAACGGAUCCAGUCCUGUUCACCCUGCACUGGCCGGAAUCACAGGGAUCCUGAUGAGUGCUGCCGCUCUGCCCGUGUGCCUAACCAGGCCUCCUAAACUCGUGCUGCACCCGCCACCCGUCAGCAAGAGCGACAUCAAACCAGUCCCAGGCCUUGGCCACUGUUGCAGGAAGACCACCAAGAAACAAGCUCGCAAGGGUAAAACCCCGGAGGAGGUGGUGAAGAAGUAUCUGCAGAAAGUAAAAAGUCCACCAGAGGAGGACUGUACCAUCUGUAUGGAGCCACUGGGGGGUCCGUCUGGAUACAAAGGUCCAGGGGUGGGGUCCAUUUCAAAGGCUGAGUCGGUGGGGCGACUGGCGCAGUGUGGACACCAGUACCAUUUCCUGUGUCUAGUGGCCAUGUAUAACAACGGCAACAAGGACGGCAGUCUCCAGUGUCCCACAUGUAAAACCAUCUACGGCGUGAAGACCGGCAACCAACCGGCAGGCAAGAUGGAGUACCACGUCAUCCCUCAUUCGCUACCAGGACACCCCGACAGCAAAAGCAUACGCAUCAUCUACAACAUACCGCCAGGAAUUCAGGGACCAGAACAUCCGAACCCAGGGAAGCCCUUCACUGCCAGAGGCUUUCCGCGACACUGCUACCUCCCAGACAGCGAGAGAGGACGCAAGGUACUGAGACUGCUCCUGGUAGCGUGGGACCGCAGGUUGAUCUUCUCUGUCGGUACUUCGAGCACCACAGGAGAGUCUGACACCGUCAUCUGGAACGAGGUCCACCACAAGACAGAGUUCGGCUCCAACCUGACGGGCCACGGCUUCCCCGACCCCGGACACCUCAGCAACGUCCUGGACGAGCUCCGAGCUCAGGGCAUCACGGAGGACGACGCGCUGUUGGAGAAGUGAAAAGGGACAAAACGAGCAAGCAGAAAAGGAGGAGACGUCGAAGAGAGAGCAGUGAAGGGUUAAAGGGGGAAACGGGGAGCGGAGUGGGUCUCGCAAAUGAAAAAUAAAAAAUAAAAAGAGGAGGUCCUGGACUGACAGAGACUGUGUCAGCACUUAAAGUAGUGCAGGGAGGGGGUGGGGGGUCGUUUCGGGGGUAAUAGAAGACAUUGAUUUUGUUUUGCAGAGGUAGCCACUUAUCAAGAUGUUGAUUGAGUCCACUGUUGGGUUUCCCUGUCCAGACUUCACGACAUGAGGAAGCAGCAGCACAGAGAGAAAAGCAAUGCAGACAAGCAGGAGGAUUGGAAAAUCAGACGCGCUCUUGGUUUCAGCCACUAACCAGCACGGUACUAAAUGUCAGAAAGUGAGAGUGAACCGGUACUAAUAGGACUAAUAUGUAGGACAAAAAACCAAGUUGACUUUACUAAGAAAAAAGAGUAACCAAAAGAUGGUGGAACGUUAGAAGCAGUUGAGUAAAAAGCUGGGGGAGAGAGAGGACAAAGGGAGGGAGAGGCUGGAGCAGUGGGGGUAGGUUACCGGAGGGAGGGGAGCAGGAAUGGUGUCGCAGAAAGAGAGAAGAAGGUGUAUGAAUGAGGCGUAGGACAGGAGUAGAGUUAAACAGACUUGUGCGGUACUGUUCGGGUACAUUAGCUAUCGAUUAAAAAACUCACGGAAACCAAGAGCGAUGAAAGAAGGUCAGAGGAGCUGCAAGUGCUCGCUGCUUUGUUCAAAACCACCUGCCUGCUUGCGGCUGGAGUUUUAGUGCUGUUGCUCCCUCUUGUGGCGUGCCUGGUGAACUACAUCUCCACCUGCAAGCUACUGGAACAAAUCAAGUUUAUUCAUGUUACCUUGAGUUACCCUUUUAACCAUUACUAUAAUCCUCAUUUUAGCGUCAUUCCAUACCUCUUACUAUUUACGUCGUGAUGGGUUUAUACGACGUAGGCUGUUCAUUUACGAUUGUGUCAUGCGGACAAAAGACCAAACUGAAGGUCUCGAAGCUCGGGGCAGUUCUGGAGUCUUACUAUUGAGCCACUGUGGUACAAGUUAACCUAACAUACACAGGUACCAGUAUUAACAUGUAUGUUUUAUUUUAUUUUAUUUCAUCGUCCGUUUUGAGUGUUCACGUUGUAUCAUGUCACAGAUUGAGCAGAGGUGGGGGAGGAUGGAUAGGAUGAGAGAGGCCGAGCUGGACCAGAGGUCAUGACCUGGGCUGCUCAAACACGGUGCCCCUGUGGAGGGUGGGGGGAAAAUGAUGUAACUGUCCUGGGUUGAAAUAUUUUUAGUGGAGACAAAUCACGAUGAAAUGCUCAGAAAUCCCAGGACACGGAUUGGUUAAGAGUGUAAUCUGCGGCUACCUUCUGGUAGACCAGGACCUUGGCUCUAGGUACAUGAUGUCAAAACCUGUGAUUUAAACAGGCACUUUUAAAGGUCCUAUGUUUAUAUUAUUUUAAACCCCCUACAUAUAGAUAUAUAUAUAUCUAUAUAUACAUGGAUUUACGCUCUCCUUAUGCGUACAGUUCUCCCGGUUAAAUCGUCGGUACAAGGGAUUAAGACCUGUUUCAGAAAAUAUAUGGUUCUCUGAUUCAAAUCAAAAUUCAAAAAGGUACAAGCUUGUGUUCAUGACAAAAACACAACAGAGAUUAAUAAUAUGGGGCCUUUAAAGUAAGGUGAGCGUCCAUCUUACCUCGGCAACAGAUAACUGUUCUUAUCUCCACGCCGCCCGGUCUCCGAGUUGGGACUGUAGGUGACCCCUUACCACAAUGUUACAUGGUGUGUGGUGUGUUUGUGUGUGAAUCUGUGUACUAUGUAUACUACCAAACGUGCUCCCAGUUAAGGGUAUUGUUCGGGUACGUGGGAAUCACCUCGUCCUCAACCUCUGGUGGUGAUCAAUGGUUCUUUCCCCUGUGCUGUAACUUCUUUUUCGCUUUUUCGUUAUGAUAUCUAGUUUUUACACUUAGCAUUUUUCUUGUCGUUAUCAUAGAUUAAUUUGCCUUUUUCCCCAUGUCCUACACUUAUGUUAAAGUUAAAAUACUCAUUUGCAUUUGUUAUAAUUGGUUUACGAAGAAGCUAUUGUGCAACACAAUGUACGUUUUGUUAUUUUUAUUGUGUACAGAAGUUACGCUGAUUUUAAGCUGGACUCGUCUUUUCUUUGGAAAAGGAAUUUGAUGGUAGACUUUUAUCUGAGUGUGAAAUGUAAUAAUUUUUUAAUAGCAAGUCCAACCUUUGUUCACUUGCUCGUCUGUGAGGUAAAGAAUACUUUUGUUUUGUUGUUGUUUUAUUUUUUUUUUUACAUAUCUGUUCAGCUCCUGGUCUGCACUGAGCCUCUGUCUUACUGCAGCUCUUUAAUGUGUGAGUCUGCUUUCACGAUCUCUUUCUAUCAGCAGAGGGAGUCAAAUGCAGGUCACGUGGUCAAAUUUAUUAUUUUAAAACUAUAAAAAAAAAAAAAAAUGUCUUUGUGUUGUUGCAGUUCUCUCACUCUGUCGGCCCCAAAAAACGACUCUGUAUCAUCACAUGGUCACUUCCGUUAUUUGAAUGUGUCAUUAAAAGAGAAUUUGAUUUUUUUUUUAACCAAAUUUCGAGAUUCACUGCCAUUUCUCACAACUUGCUGAAUCAAACUUCUUGCGCUGCAGGCCCUCUGUAGCAGACCUUCAUCCUGGUGCACCAAUCACCGUGAAUAUCCAGUGUCUUUGGAGGAGAAUAAAUGUUGGUUGAAGGCUUUGAUCCAUGGCAUGUGCAGUGUCUGCAGCAAUGUGGCAAACAGCUAUGACCAGUAUGACUCACCAUUUCCGUUUUUUACCCCCCUUAAAUUGUUGGUGUCUUACCCAUCCCUAUACUGAGGGCAGUAUAUCCUGUGUCUGUGGAUGGGGAGGGUGGGAAAUGUGACAGUAGGUGCUGGUAUGCGAGAGAGAGAGCCUCCAAACCUGUGAUACGGAAAACCACGUGUAAAUAUUGCAGAAUAAAUUCUGGGGUAUGAAUGAUUAAUACGAGAAGAAGAAAAAAAAUAAAGAAUGAAUGGAAAUUA